UGUGCACCGCAUCCCCCGCACGAGCUACAGAUCUGAGAGCAGUUUUCAGAGCCCGUCACUCCAGACUCCGCAUUCAACACUUCACAAUCCGCGCAGCCAAGGAAACCCACCAAAACUUUGCCCCCCAAAUCCCCGGACCCUCAGGGUGGGGUAGAGCCGCGGAGAAGCUGCAGAGCAAACAAAAGCUCUCCUCUUGGCUUUCAGAUAAAAACAUACCAGCUGUGAAAGAAAAAAAAGUCCUAAUACAAACUCAAGACGAAAAGCGGAACCGAACGGCGGAUCCACGUUUCCCAUGCUAAACUGUUGCUGAAGAGACUGAACGCGGAGAAUCUAAAAAUGACCAUCACGUGGACAAUCAUCGUAUUAGGUGCCUUCCUACAUGGCAUGGCAUAUGCGCAAUCUGAAACCACAAUACAAAACACUUCUGAAUCACACAGUACCUUGAAUACAAUUGCGGUCACCUCUGCAACUGUCUCUACUAGUGUGCACAAAACGACUACAGCACAAACAACUGAAGCACAAACAACAUCCAUUCCAGCUGAUCCAACAAGCCAAGCCACACAACCUGUUACUUCUGCACCAACCACCCAACCAGAUCCUAACAACAACCAGGGCUCAACAGCUUCACCCAGUACAUCUACCCUAUACAUGCCAAGUGGCAGUUCUGCUCAAGUAAAACCAAGUGGAGUUGACCCAAAUACUUCAUCCAGUCCAACUACCCAAUACACACAAACUGAUAGUUCUAAAUCAGUUAAACAACCGCAUCCAUCCGACCAAGAUUCUACAUCCAGUCCAGAUAACCAAAUUACUCCAACUGGCACUUCUGAACGAACAACACAACGUGAUUCAGCUGAACAAACUACUGCAUACAGUCCAGCGAAGCAAGAUGGGCCUACCAUUCCUUACCCAUCCACACUAGCUAACUCUACCACACAACUCGCCACUUCUAAGCCAGACAUUACAACAGACAAAAGGACAACAACUGGGACCACAACUCAAUUACUCACCACAGCAAAACCAAAUGCUAGAAGUUCUGUUUUCCAAAGUCUUCAGACCACCAUAGUACCACAGUCAACAACUGCUCCAAUCAAAACAUCCCAGCCUUCAGAUCUACGCAAAAAUUUCACUCAUCCUGUCUAUGAUCUGAGCAGCAGCAGCAGCAGCAGCAGCACUGAAAGGAAUAUCGUGCGUGAAACCUGCAAGAAGCUGGGUCAGAACUUGAAAGGAAAUUGCUCUGUGGAAGUGGAAAUUAACAACAACCAAUUAAUUGCAACAAUAACAAUAAAUGCUAACCAGGCGAUACCGUUGGAAAAUUACAAUCCCCCAGAAACAAAUGAAAACGAGAAUGGCAACAAGGAGCCAGUUCAAGACACAAUACCAGACACGCUGAUUGCCAUCUUGGCUUCAUGUGGUGCUUUGGUGCUCAUUCUGUGUGGCUUUGCUGCGUACUGCACUUAUCAUCGUAGAUCCUACAGGAAGAACCAGCAACAUCUAACAGAAGAGCUGCAGACAGUGGAAAACGGUUAUCAUGACAAUCCCACUCUGGAGGUGAUGGAGGUGCAGCCUGAGAUGCAAGAGAAGAAACUGGCAUUGAAUGGGGAGUUUAACGACAGCUGGAUCGUCCCAAUAGACAACCUACUGAAAGAGGACAUACCUGACGAAGAGGACACUCACUUGUAAGGGACCCCGAUGAGCCGUCACGAGCGGGAAACCUGCUGCUGCCUUUACGGUAAAUUGUGCCAAGCCAGAAUGUCAGGAAAGCAGAGAUUGACGUAAAGACUAUGACAUGACAGUGGUUUCAUUUGGCGCCCACACUGUAUAUGCUGUAAUUAAAUAGUUUGAUGUUAAGUAUGUGCUAGAAAGAGUAGAAAAGCUUUGAGUUUUGUGUGUCACUGUCUUUGGGAAUGAUCAAUGCACAAUCUAUGGCCGCUAUUUGUGCCUUACUUUUCUUCAUCACACGGUGGAGAAACCAGUAGUUUGAUACGUAUACAAAUAUAUAAGACAGAUGUUGGUUGUGAGCCUGUUUUAUUGUUUUGAACACUUCUGGCUCAGUUAUUUUUAAUAUUGAAUGAAAAAAUAGGAUUAUAAAUUUCUUGUAAUUUUACUCACUAUAUUUGAACGUUUUUUUGACCCACUGCUACACAUUUUGAGACUUGUGCAAAAAUGACGCCAUUUUUAACUAAAAACAAGCAAUCAGUAUUAUUUUAUUUAACAAAAGAAGGGUUUUUAAAGUCAAAGUUUGUGUCCGAAACAAAAAAUGUGGUUUUGUGGAAUUGGUGACGUAAAAUAAAAGGACUACAGGACCAAAACAUUCAAUGCACAUGGACUACAGGAUCAUAUUUUAAACAGAGUGACAUUGCCACCUACUGGCCUGGCAUGCAUAAUACAGCAUUUUAUUUUUUAAUACAGUGGUCCCUCGUUAUUCGUAGGAGUUGUGUUCUAAAAAUAACCAGCAAUAGUUGAAAUCCGCAAAGUAGUCAGCUUUGUUUUUUAAUUAUUAUUAAUAAUUUUAAUAAUUAUUAAUUAACAUAGAUAUUUUAAGGCUGUACAUUUUCACACUUCUCUCUUGUUUAAACUGAAAGCAAUCUGUAGUAUACAUGUAGUAUACAUGCCGUGUUGCAAGGAGGAGAUUGAUUGACAAUGGUCUACAGCCAAUCAGGACGCAGAACACAUUGUGCUAAUCAGGAUGCAAAACACAAUGCGCUGUAAAAAAAAAAAAAGCAUGUCAAAUUGAAUGAAAAAAAACCUGCGAAAGCGCAAGACCGCAAAAGGUGAACCACAUUAUGGCGAGGGACCACUGUAGUUUGAGGAUCUAUGUAAAUAGGGAUUUUUUUAAAAACCUUUUUAAAAUGUACAGGAGGAAAUUGCCGGUUUUUAGCACACCAUUGUCGUCAAAAGCAGUGUUGUUCAACCACGUUCGUGGAGGACCACCAACCCCGCAUGUUUGGAUGUUUCCCAUGUCUGUCACACCCAUUACAGAUCUUUCUGUCUCUGCUAACAAGCUGAUGAUCUGAAUCAGGUGUGUUUGGUUAAGGAGACGUGGAAAAUGUGCAGAGCUGGUGGUCCCACAGGAAUGUGGUUGAGAAACACUACUUUAAAACACUAAAUCUGAUGCAUUUGUUCUAGGUUUUAUUUGUAAAUGCAAAUUGCUCUCAGUAUUUCUCCUAAGUGUUUUAGCUUGCAGUUUCUGAACACUGGAUCCCCAUUAAAUUAUGCUAUAGAAGUGGAUCUACCAGAGAACUAAACACAGUUUAUAAAUGUUUUGUUAGUAGAAACCUUUCCAGUCAUGAUUUUUAAGACUUGGACAUCAUAUUAAUCCAGGACAGUUGGUACCCUGCUUUAUUUCUUGACAGGACUGUAACUGCUCUUGUAUAUAAGAAUUGUUUUCUAUGCUUUUUCCAUGUUUUAACUCUCACUCACAGGCAUCAAAUUCCACAGACCAAUGGAUAACUCAUCCUGGUAAAUUAGACUAUAGUUUGAGAGAUUGUGGCUUCUGGAUUGGCAGAUAACUUUUUGCAUUAUCUUCCCUCAGCGCUACAUCUCUGUGCUGGUAGUCAUGCUAGUAUGAAGGUUUACCGUCUUGUUAACCUGAAACAUUUGACACUAAGUCCAACACAAACAUUGUGUAGCUUUUCAUGUAUUAAAUCGUCCUAUGAAACUGCCAUUUGAACUGUAUUUUUAAGUACGCUGAUCGCCUUUUGUGUUAUAUUUAAGUGUUUUAAAGUUGUUUUCACCAAAACAUUAAAUGUUUUUUAUUAUUAUUAUUGUUGUAUUUGCAUGUACUACACAAAUUGUCGAUAUAAGGGAUUCACUGCUGCCUCCUGAUCUACUUCCACCAAAGUAUUAAGGUUGAAUUGAUUGCUGUACUCUGUAAUUGAAGUCGGUUUGCUACUGUGUGCAAAUGACAGGGGUCUGAUACACUGGAAGCCGCAUCUCUGUCAGAUCAGACGGGGACGGCCAUGAUUUCUAAUACAAAAUAAAAAUUGUGAUUUUU